GGGGCGCCGGGCGGCCGCGGGGCGGCGGGACCAUGGAGCUGGGAGCGAGGCGCCGGCGACGGCGGCGGGACCACGGACCGGAGGUCCACACGUGUUUGAGUGCCUACUAUGUAUCACGCUAGUUACUGGUGAUGACAGUUGAUACAGCCAAGCUCCUGUCGUCAGAAGCUAGAGAGUUUUAAUUUUGAUUGCUGUUACUACUGAUAUCUGAGCCAAAGUGGCGAUGCUGCCUGAGGGACAUUUCUGCAACCCAUAAGUCAACAGUUACACGAUUGUGAGCCAUGCCUUUAGUGAAGAGGAACAUCGAACCCCGGCACUUGUGCCGGGGGGCCCUGCCCGAGGGCAUCCCCAGUGAGCUCGAGUGUGUGACCAACAGCACCCUGGCUGCCAUCAUACGCCAGCUGAGCAGUCUGAGCAAACAUGCUGAAGACAUAUUUGGUGAGUUGUUUAAUGAGGCCAACAACUUCUACAUCCGAGCAAAUUCCCUUCAAGACAGAAUCGAUCGCCUUGCUGUCAAAGUCACCCAGCUGGAUUCAACAGUGGAAGAGGUGUCACUACAGGAUAUCAACAUGAAGAAAGCUUUCAAAAGUUCCACAGUCCAAGACCAGCAGGUGGUUUCAAAGAACAGCAUUCCUAAUCCUGUUGCUGACAUUUACAACCAGAGUGAUAAACCACCUCCUCUGAAUAUCCUUACGCCAUACAGAGAUGAUAAAAAGGAUGGCCUGAAGUUCUAUACUGAUCCUUCCUAUUUCUUUGACCUCUGGAAGGAAAAAAUGCUACAGGACACAGAAGACAAAAGGAAAGAGAAAAGACGUCAAAAGGAGCAAAAGCGUAUAGAUGGCACAACCCGAGAGGUGAAAAAGGUUAGAAAAGCCAGAAACAGGCGCCAGGAGUGGAAUAUGAUGGCGUAUGACAAAGAGCUUAGACCCGACACCAGGUUGUCGCAGAGCGUACACCACGGAGCGUCUUCCGAGGGAUCCCUGUCCCCAGACACUAGGUCCCACGCAUCGGACGUCACGGAUUACUCGUAUCCCGCCACCCCCAACCAUCCUCUGCACCCGCAGCCCGGGACGCCUUCCCACGGAGCCGGUGACGCACCGCCACGCGGGCCGGCAGCCCAGGCCCCCGAGCACGAGUACCGGCCCCCGUCGGCCUCGGCCAGGCACCUGGCCCUGAACCGGCCCCAGAAGCCGCCUCCGCCCCCGCCGCAGGCCGCAGAGGCGUCGCAGGCCCCCGCGCCCUUGGCUCCCGCCGACUACGGGAUGCUCCCGGCACAGAUCAUGGAGUAUUACAACCCCUCAGGACCCCCGCCGCCGCCGCCCCCGCCCAUGAUCCCUUCCGCACAGACUGCCUUCGUCAGCCCCCUCCAGAUGCCCACGCAGCCCCCCUUCCCGGCGUCCGCCGGCCCCUCCUACGCGGGUCCGCCCCACCCUCCCUCCGGUGGGCUGGUGGUCAUGGCCCCGCCGCCCCCGGGCCCCCCGCCGCCGCCGCCGGGCCCUCCAGGUGCCGGCUCUUCGCUCUCCUCCUCCCCGAUGCACGGCCCGCCGGGAGCCGAGGCCAAGAGGCCGGAGGCUGCGCAGCCGCCCGUGAGCGACGCCCGGAGCGACCUCCUCGCUGCCAUUCGGAUGGGAAUCCAGCUGAAGAAGGUGCAGGAACAGCAGGAACAGGAGGCCAGGCGCGAGCCCGUGGGCGACGACGUGGCCACCAUCCUGUCGCGGCGCAUCGCCGUCGAGUACAGCGACUCGGAUGACGACUCGGAGCUGGACGAGAACGACUGGUCCGACUGAGGCUGGCGCCCCGGGGACCGGGCGGGGCAGUGUGCUGACGACUUCUGUGGUCCCAGCACCCAGAUAGUGGUAUUAUAAUCCCGUAGCUUAGCGACUUUUGUAUCAAUAACGUGAGAUUGCUUUUGCACAUCCAAAAAUUCUGGGUUUUUCAGUAUUUACUGUGGAAUACUUAAGUGCCACUAAACAUAGCAAACCGUGCUGCACACGAGGAAAUAAGCUGUAACUAUUGCUUUGUCCUGAAAACAGCCUUCUGCUUCCUUCCUCUUGGCCAUGAAGGUACGUAGUGCAGUUUGGGUUCGCUCUCCUUGAUCAUUAAAAUCCUGCAGACUUGCUGUGUGUUUGUGAAGCUGCCUGAUGUCUGGUCUUUGCAAGAUUAAUGACUGUGCGUCAGACUGAUGUCUUCCCAUCAGUAAGUGAUAUUGUUUCCACUUUUUUUUUUUUUUAAAUGUGUUUCAGAAGAAGAAGUUGGUUCUAGAGAGAAAGAUUGGACAAGUAGGAGAAUUAGAUGUUUCUGUUUUCAGUUUCUCGGCCUGGUAGCCUCUGUGAGUUGGAAUGUUCUGUUGAAGAAUUUCGUUUCCUUUGCUCACUCUUGUGAAAUGUGAACUUGGCCCUUUUCAGGCAGGAUUCCCUGUGGGCAUCCAUGGAGUCAGUGCUUGUUGAUGAGUUUUGUAAGAGGUUUCAGCAGCGCAGUAGUAAUGAAAGCGGAGAACAGCCCUUCUUCCUUCUGGGCCAUUGCCAUCUGCGAUGGCACGCAGAACCCUUGGCAGCCCUUGCAGCUCGGGUACCAGCCCGUCCGGACCCGGGUGGUCCCCGAGCUGCGGAGCCCAGCAUGGCCCCGGGUGCAGAGCCCUGCACAACCUCUCUUCCGGAGCCACGGGCCAAGUGAGGCCACGUGGAGGCCUCGGUGCUGCAGAGAAGGCGCCAGGUGGCACCUCGCCCCACCUGGUCUGAAUCCUGACAGCUUCAGUUUAGGUGAAAGGAGACUUGGGCAGCUUUUCACCUUUCCUGGUGCUGUGGCCAGUUAGGGACCCGGCACGAGUAGAGCCUUCGCUCUGUCCUAGAAGCACAUGGGUCCCUUUCCCACACGGUCGUCAGCACACGAGGCUGGACCAGGUACCUCAGAGGAGAGUCGCCCCUUCGCUGGAGCAGGUCAUGUCCCUUCCUCGUCCCCUCCCACAUGGUGACACGUGAGCCCAGGCAGAUUUUCCUGCCCAAGGCAAACCCCUGGGAAACUCAUGAAUGAGAGCUUACAUUCUGUAAUGCUGGGUGAAGGGUAACUGCUUGUUUGGAAGGAAUAAACACCCCAGGCUUUGAUCUCAGAUAUAACUUCACGGAUGUACGAGACACUUUACCCACUGAGCAGUUCUUUCUUCUGUACUGUGUGUCAGACGGACUGUGGGUCCUAGCGACUCUCAGUUGUGACCCAGGAAUCUGUAGCUGAGACAGAGGUGUUUGGGUGGAUGGUAGAAUGUCAGCAGGACCCCGACUGCCGGGUUUUGUUAAUGAGUUCUCCUCAGGACGUCACCGGCCCCCCAUCACGUCUGUGUCCCCGAGGGACACUUGUGGCCUGUGGAAGGUCGUGGUCAUCCUGUAAGGACAGCCUGACGGGCUUUUAGUCACCUAGGUUGGAACUCUGAAAAGCCUCAGGUCUGUAUUACCUUUCCCAGUGCCCGGGCCAGGUUAUCUGAGUCUUUUCAGCCAAAGCCAGCUGUCUGGGCACGUGGUUCUUGAGUUUCUGUGUCUUGGAGCUCGUCACCGUACGUUUAUUGCCUGUAAGUAGUAGUUAUUAAUGAACUUUUCAGUUUCUCUCUUUAAUUUCUCUCCUUUUUUUCCCCAAUGCAGCGGCCAACUGUGUUGGCAUUUUCCUUGGGACUUUCACCAAUUUUGAUCGUAUUUUGUCUUUCUUAUAAUAUUUUGUCUUUAGCUUUACUUUGGAUAAGGAUCACCUGUGUCAUUCUAGAACUUGUAUUUGGUAAUGCUUCUUUGUUUUUUUUAUGUCCCUUCUGUCCUCAGGAUGGAGAGAAUGCAUAAAGCUACUAUCCAUGUCAGGAUUUCUUCUAUUUAUAUCCUAUUACAAUAAAAUUAGUGGCACUUUAUUCAUAAAUAUUCAUGAGCCUGUUAAGUAUUGGUUGUCUUCCUGUAGUUUAAUCAACAAGUUAUUUUCAACUUGAUAUUCUGACUAGUGAAAAAGCUUUUGCCCUGAUAUGUUAUGUAGCCUUUAAAAGAAGGGGAGAGGACUAAAAUCCAGUUUAGAUUAUUUUUUGCAGUAUUUUUCUCAGCGCAUUUGAUUUAUUCUAAAAAUGAAAUCCAGACUUUUUCUAAUAUGAUAGUACAUGAAAAGGAAAAAGUGACUAUUUUGAAUUGUCCGUUCUCAUUUUCAAAAAGUAUUUACAAAACAAAUGGAGAAAAACGUAAAAUGCAUCCUUCAUAUCCAUGGAUUUUACAUUUUAAAGUAGUUGUAUGUUGUAAGCUUAUUUUAAAUUGUCCCGUUUCCCCCCGUGUGUAUUUAGUUUAAUUUCUUACAAGCUUUUCCUCAUGUCAUAGAUCAGGCAGAGGGAUGAGAAGCUUCCUCAGAACCACCCAUGCUGUGGUUGAUUUUCUGUUGUUGGCCCCAAACCAUAAGAUCUGGUCACUUACGUUUUUCUUCAGUAGAAGUAUACUGUUGGAGAAUUAGCAUUUUCAUUUCAGUAAAUUUUUAGAAUAUCGAAAUCUUUUCUGAGCACCAAGUGGCUAGGUUGUGAAAGUUCUAUAAUAAUUUGCAGCUGAAAUUCAUGAUACAUUUUCAUCCACUGAACACUCAUGGGAAUGUGUCAGCGACAGUAGCAAGUAAUUUUUGUUUUCUAAACCAGAGUCUGUCAUCUUGCAGUAUUACCAAUGCUGUUGUACAUUGAAUUUAAAGUGGUAUUAAAAAAACAAACCUCCUAGUAAAUAAUUUUUAUCUGUUUGUAUAUCUUACUAUAGAUUAUGUACAAGUAACAUCUAAAUAAAAUUACACUUUUAACCCUAAA